AUGGAGCCCAUCGUCCUGCACAAGCUAGGAAAGCCCCACAGCAUUGGCAGUUCGGAACGGAUUCAGCUCUCAGGAAUGUACAAUGUUCGAAAAGGGAAAAUACAUUUGCCAGUCAACAGAUGGACAAGACGCCAAGCUAUCCUUUGUGGAACAUGCCUAAUUGUCUCAUCGGUAAAAGAAAGCCAGACUGGAAAGAUGCAUGUCCUCCCUUUAAUUGGUGGAAAAGUGGAAGAAGUGAAAAAGCACCAGCACUGUUUAGCAUUCAGCUCCUCUGGACCUCAAAGCCAGACCUACUACAUUUGUUUCGAUAAUUUCACUGAAUAUUUGCGAUGGCUUCGACAAGCAUCAAAGGUUGCAUCACAACGCAUAAGCUCAGUGGAUCUUUCAUGCUGCAGCCUGGAGCACCUGCCUGCCAACUUGUUUUACAGCCAAGACCUCACUCAUCUCAAUUUAAAGCAGAAUUUCCUGAGGCUAAACCCUAGCCCAUCCACAAACAGAGCACUUAGUGAAUUACAAAGAUUCACCAAGUUGAAGAGCCUUAAUCUUUCCAAUAAUAAUUUAGGAGACUUCCCACUGGCAGUCUGCAGUAUUCCAACCCUGACUGAACUCAACGUGUCCUGCAAUGCCCUCAAAAGUGUUCCAGCAGUUGUAGGCGAGAUGCACAACUUGCAGACGUUUUUGCUGGAUGGCAACUUUCUCCAGUCCCUUCCUGAUGAACUGGAGCAUAUGCAUCAGCUCAGCUACGUGAGUCUGUCCUUCAAUGAGUUCACUGACAUUCCAGGGGUGCUGGAGAAGCUGACCGCCAUGGAUAAGCUCUGUAUGUCAGGAAACUGCAUGGAUACCCUGAACCUACAGGCGUUAAAAAGGAUGCCUCACAUUAAACAUGUGGAUCUAAGAUUGAAUUCAAUUAGGAGAUUGGAGGCUGAUGAAAUAGAUUUUCUGCAUCAUGUGACCCAACUGGAUCUUAGAGACAACAAACUUGGGGAGCUGAAUGCAACAGUUUUUAACAAUGUCGAAGUGUUACACUGUGAACGGAAUCAACUGGUAACCCUCAAAAUCAGUGGAUAUUUUCUCAAAGCGCUGUACGCUUCCUCAAAUGAACUUGUUCACCUUGAUGUGUAUCCAGUUCCUAAUUGCCUUGCUUAUAUGGAUAUUUCUAGAAAUCACUUGGAAAACCUGCCUGAGUGGGUAUGUGACAGCAGGAAACUGGAAGUGUUGGAUGUUGGCCACAACCAGAUACGUGAGCUGCCUGCCCGGUUGUUUUACAGUAGUAGCUUGCGUAAGCUGCUGGCAGGACAUAACAUGUUGGGAAAGCUACCAGAUCGGUUCGAACGAACGCAAGUGGAGGUCCUGGAUGUGCAACACAACCAGCUCCUUGAACUGCCAUCUAACCUGCUUUUGAAAGCAGACAGCCUGAGAUUUCUUAACGCCUCUGCCAACAAACUGGAAAUGCUUCCUCCAGCCACUCUUUCUGAAGAAACCCAUAGCAUCUUACAGGAGUUGUAUUUGACCAAUAACAACCUCACAGAUAAAUGCGUACCCUUGUUAACAGGCCAUCCACACCUGAAAAUCUUGCACAUGGCUUACAAUCGCCUACAGAGCUUCCCUGCGAGCAAAAUGGCCAAGCUGGAAGAGUUGGAGGAAAUUGAUAUUAGUGGGAACAAACUGAAAGCCAUUCCAACAACUAUCAUGAACUGCAGACGUAUGCAUACAGUAAUUGCUCACUCCAACUGUAUCGAAGUCUUCCCAGAAGUCAUGCAGCUUUCUGAAAUAAAGUGUGUGGACCUAAGCUGCAAUGAACUGAGUGAAAUUACAUUGCCUGAAAACCUGCCUCCAAAACUACAAGAGCUGGACCUGACUGGAAAUCCCAGAUUAGCCUUGGAUCACAAAACCCUAGAGCUGCUGAACAAUAUCCGUUGCUUCAAGAUCGACCAGCCCUCAGCUGGUGAUGCUUCGGGAGCACCGGCAGUGUGGAGUCACGGUUACACAGAAGCGUCGGGCGUUAAGAACAAGCUUUGUGUGGCAGCACUUUCAGCCAAUAACUUCUGUGACAACCGGGAGGCACUUUAUGGUGUUUUUGAUGGUGACCGCAACGUGGAAGUGCCGUAUCUGCUGCAGUGCACAAUGAGCGACAUCUUAGCAGAAGAGCUGCAGAAAACAAAAAAUGAGGAGGAAUACAUGAUCAACACUUUCAUUGUUAUGCAGAGGAAACUUGGAACAGCUGGACAAAAACUUGGAGGCUCUGCUGUCCUCUGCCAUAUAAAACAUGAUCCCAUGGACCCUGGUGGAUGCUUCACGCUAACCUCAGCAAACGUGGGGAAGUGCCAAACCGUUCUCUGCCGGAAUGGGAAACCUCUGCCUUUGUCCAGGUGUUACGUGAUGAGUUGUGAAGAAGAGUUGAAGAGGAUUAAGCAGCAUAAGGCCAUUAUCACAGAGGAUGGCAAAGUGAAUGGUGUGACGGAUUCAACAAGAAUCUUGGGGUACACCUUCCUUCACCCAAGCGUUGUGCCCCGUCCUCACGUCCAGUCCAUCACCUUAACUCCGCAAGAUGAAUUCUUCAUUCUGGGGAGCAAGGGGCUGUGGGACAGCCUCUCGAUGGAUGAAGCAGUGGAGGCAGUCAGAAACGUGCCUGAUGCGCUGGCAGCCGCGAAGAAGCUUUGCACUUUGGCCCAGAGUUACGGCUGCAACGACAGUAUCAGUGCUGUCGUGGUUCAGCUCAACGUGACGGAGGACAGCUUCUGCUGCUGUGAACUUAAUGGGGUCCCACCCCCCAGCCCAGGCAUUUUCCCCCAGUCUGUCAACGUGGUCAUCAAGGACAGGCCAACAGAUGCACUUGGGAUGCCAUCUUCAAGCAGCGGCAUGGCUUCGGAGAUCAGCAGCGAGAUCUCCACCUCCGAAAUGAGCAGUGAGGUGGGGUCCACGGCCUCUGACGAGCCUCCACAGGUAGCCAUGAACGAGAACAGCCCGGCCUACCCGGGGGAGCAGCGCUGCAUGCUGCACCCCGUCUGCCUGUCCAAUUCUUUCCAACGGCAGCUCUCCAGCGCCACCUUCUCCAGCGCCUUCUCCGACAAUGGCCUUGACAGUGACGAUGAGGAGCCGAUUGAGGGGGUGUUCACCAAUGGCAGCCGCGUGGAAGUGGAGGUGGACAUCCACUGCAGCCGAGCGAAGGAGAAGCAGCUUCUCCAAGUGCCGGUGGAAGCCAGCGACGAAGGUAUCGUCAUCAGUGCCAAUGAAGAUGAGCCCGGCCUUCCCAGGAAAGCUGAAUAUUCUGCCACAGGCACAAUAGGGCGCCGGCGGGGCAACGGUUCUGUGGCACCACAAGAGAGGAGCCAUAACUUAAUUGAAGUUGCGACGGAUGCGCCACUCAGAAAAACAGGGGGCUACUUUGCUGCUCCAGCACAGCCCGAUCCCGACGACCAGUUUAUCAUCCCACCAGAGCUUGAAGAAGAAGUCAAGGAGAUCAUGAAGCAGCACCAGGAACAACAGCAGCAGCAACAGCAGCAGCAGCAGCGGCAGUAUCCGACAGACCACCUGGCAGACUAUUACGACACACCACUAUGACCCACUCUAUUUACUGCUCAGAAAUAAACUAACAAACAAGGAGACUUGAGUGCGGGCCGCAGUGGGCUCGCAUUACAGCAGGGGUUUUCCUUAUCCUUUUCCUUUAUAUACUUCCUUUUCCUUAUCCUGCCACUACAGAUAACUGCAGCUUUUCAGUUUGUUAGGUUUAAUAUCCAUUGACUUUCUUCUAGAGACGCUUGACCGGUAAAGUUUAAAAUAGUUAACCUUCCCUUAACAUAUCAAGUGUAAAAACAAAAAAAUAAUAAAAAAAAUAAUAAAAAGGUUUAAUAUAUUGCUGAGAAACAGAUGAUGAUGUAAUAUUUUUUAAAAUGGCUUGUUUGUUUUGUUUGAAAAGCAGGGCAGUAGCCAGUGCUAAAUGAUUUAAGUAAUAUUGUAAUACUGUAUUUCUUUGAGAGAAAAGGCUUUUUUUGGUCUUGAAAAUGAUAGACAUUUGUAGAAUAUGGAGACUAACUCCUAGGAGUUGCUUUACUCUUUCAGGUGACUUAAGUCACUGAGAUUCACUAAUUUUCUCUGAGAGAACAGUUGAUUGGGAAAUUCCUGUAAAUAGCUCAGUGUUGUAUAGUGAUGCUUACAUGUUUUGUAGCCUUGGCAUUAAGGACACAACCUGAAAAAUUGACCUUUUUUUCUUAAGCGACUCUUUGGGCCACGGUCAUUGAGCGUAACGGACCGAGUGGCUGUGUACAAGGUAGCUAGAACUGAGAUGGUGUAGACCAUUUAAAGAAACCCACUUUUUCCUCUGGUCUCUUUCUUUCCUUACUUUUACAGACACGUUUAGUUUGUGUUCCUUACUGCUGCCACAACCAGCAUGAUUGUAUAGAGCUCAUUUGCUGUAGAACAUUUACAUACCAAGAGUUAUAUUAAAGCUGAAUGCACAAAUGAACAUGUCAUAAUUUUUGUUAUAAUAAAUAUGAAAUUUACACCUGA